CUUGUUUUUUUAAUAAAAUAAAAUAUAGAACAUGAAGUGGUAGUGGUAGUGGAGAAGAUCAUAAAUUGAAAAAUUAACAAAGAUUGUGGAAUCUGUUUUAAAGAGACAAGAAGAAGGAGGAGGAAGGAAGGAAGGAACAGAGAGAAGAGAAUGAUCAAAUCCCAAUUUUAAAACGAUUCAAAAACUGAGUACUGUCGUCUUCAUUUUCAUCACGUCCUUAUUUCUUCAUUUCAAAAACCUCCGUACGCUUCGCCGCUUUCAUCUAUGGCCAUACCUUUCCCUCUCCAUUCUUCUUCUUCUUCUUCUUCUUCUUCUUCUUCUUCUUCUUCUUCUUCUUCUUCUUCUUCUUCUUCUAUCUUUCUUGUCACUUUCUGCCCCCACCUCUAAUCCCACUUAACCCCCUUUUUAAUCCCUUCUUAAUUAUUGUUUUCUUUUUCCUCCUUUGUAUAUAUCGCUCCCUCCAUUUCCAUUUCCAUUUCCCUCUCUCAAACUCUCUUCCUCUUUGGGCCCCCUCUCUCCCAAGAUUCCUCCGGCCUGCCGAGGGAUUUGAGUUUUCAGGGGAAAUGACGGAGCCAAAGCCAUCCACACCUUUGCUAAGCACAAAAGCACCAUCCUCGAGAAGCCUUCCUGAUUUUAAGAAGUCUGUCAAACUGAAAUAUGUGAAACUUGGCUAUCACUACCUUAUCACCCAUGGAAUGUACCUCUUCCUUUCUCCUUUGGCAGUUGUGAUUGCGGCACAGCUUUCGACAUUUUCCCUUCAAGAUCUUUAUGAAGUUUGGGGUCAUCUUCAAUAUAAUUUAGUUUCUGUAAUUCUUUGUUCAACCCUCCUUGUUUUCUUGUCUACCUUGUAUUUUCUUACCCGUCCUCGCCCUGUUUACCUUGUUAACUUUUCAUGCUACAAGCCCGAUGAAUCUCGUAAAUGCACGAAGAAAAUUUUUAUGGAGCAAUCUCAGAUGACGGGGACGUUUACGGAGGACAAUCUUCAAUUCCAAAGGAAAAUCCUUGAGAGAUCUGGCCUUGGGGAUUCAACCUAUCUUCCUGAGGCUGUUCUCAAUAUUCCUCCAAACCCCUCCAUGGCAGAAGCUAGAAAAGAAGCUGAAAUGGUGAUGUUUGGUGCCAUUGAUGAGCUUUUAGCCAAGACAAGCGUGAAACCGAAAGAUAUUGGUAUCUUGAUUGUGAAUUGUAGCUUGUUCAAUCCAACACCGUCGCUUUCUGCUAUGGUCAUCAACCACUACAAGCUGAGAGGAAACAUUAUUAGUUACAAUCUUGGUGGUAUGGGUUGCAGUGCAGGUCUUAUUUCUAUUGAUCUUGCCAAACAGCUGCUUCAGGUCCAUCCCAAUUCCUAUGCCUUGGUUAUUAGCAUGGAGAACAUAACAUUGAACUGGUACUUUGGGAACGACCGAUCAAAGCUUGUCUCUAAUUGCUUGUUUCGGAUGGGUGGAGCAGCAAUAUUACUUUCGAACAGAAGAUCUGAGAGAAGGAGGUCCAAAUAUCAAUUAAUACAUACUGUUCGUACCCACAAGGGAGCAGAUGAUAAGUGCUUUAGCUGUGUUACUCAGGAAGAGGAUUCAACUGGGAAGAUUGGUGUCACUUUAUCGAAAGACUUAAUGGCAGUUGCAGGUGAUGCAUUGAAGACUAACAUCACAACGUUGGGCCCUCUUGUGCUGCCAAUGUCUGAACAGCUUCUCUUCUUCGGUACUUUAGUUGGUAAGAAACUCUUCAAAAUGAAGAUCAAGCCUUACAUCCCUGACUUCAAACUAGCAUUUGAACAUUUCUGCAUCCAUGCUGGGGGAAGAGCAGUUUUAGACGAAUUGGAGAAGAACUUGCAGCUGUCUGAUUGGCAUAUGGAGCCAUCAAGGAUGACACUCUACCGAUUUGGCAAUACAUCGAGCAGUUCUCUUUGGUAUGAAUUGGCCUAUGCGGAAGGGAAAGGUAGAAUGAAGAAAGGAGAUAGAACAUGGCAAAUAGCAUUUGGUUCAGGAUUUAAGUGCAAUAGUGCAGUUUGGAAAGCUCUAAGGACCAUAAAUCCAGCUAAAGAAAAGAACCCAUGGAUGAAUGAGAUCAACCAGUUUCCAGUUGAUGUUCCUAAAAUUUCAACCAUUUGAAAACUUAUUAUUAACUCUUUUAGUUUUUCAUUCAUUUUAGUCUCCUCUCUAAUUUGGGGUGCCAAGAUCUUCCAUUGAUUUUCCUGUGCUGAUAUUAAAGAAUUGACAUUUUCCUUUUCUUUUAGACCAGAAUUAUAGAGAGGUAGAUUGCUUUUGUUGAGAGCAGAACAUUGCAUCUUUGUAGAUGCUUUGGAAAGCUUCAUGUCUUGAUUUGUAUUGUGGGGAUUGGAAUUUGGAACUGUUCAAUUCAGCAGACAUUUUGGAUGGAUCA